UUUCACUUCUCAAAAUGUAGGAAGGGUAAUGAUGCAGCAGUUCAGCGGUUUGACAAAAGUUUAGAGGAGUUUUAUGCUCUCUGUGAUCAACUGGAGCUCUGCCUGCGGCUGGCCCAUGAGUGCCUCUCACAGAGCAUCGACAGCACAAAGCAUUCUCCAAAUCUCGUACCUACAGCCACGAAGCCGGACACAGUGCAAACAGAGUCUCUGUCUUACUCUCAGUAUCUCAGUAUGAUAAAAUCACAGAUUGCAUGUGCUAAAGACAUUCAUAAUGCUCUCUUAGAGUGUUCAAAAAAGAUUGCUGGGAAGGGUCAAGGAGCUUGUAAUUAGUAGCUGCCAACUGUAUUUAGAUUCCUUUUUUUAUUUUUAUAUUGCGUAGCUUUGAUGCUGAUUGAAGAAUAUAAUUUGUUGUAUUUUCAGUUCCUUUUUUUUGUUUACUAUUGUGACAAAUGUACUUAUACAAUUAAA